AUGAGCCUCGCCGGCAUUACGCUCGAGACAAAGGAAGGCACAAAGGUGCCCGCUGCAGAGGCGCUGCGAGGGAAGAUCGUCGUCCUCUUCUUCUCGUCCGAGUGGUGCCCGGCGUGCAAGCUCUUUGUUCCUACGCUGCACACGCUGCACGAGGUUGCCCGGGAGAACGAGGCGCGCUACAUGGCCAAGUCGCACGGCGACUGGCUCAGCGUCCCGUUCGAGGACACGGCCACACGCGACGCGCUCAAGGCCAAGGUGCUGUGCUUCUACUCCCUGCACCGCCAGCCGCGGGUCGGCGAGCGGUACGAGCCUCCGCUCGGCCUCGCUACCCAGCGCGUGCAGCGCGUAGCAGCGGCAGUCCUUGCCGAGGAGCAAGAGGGCAUCGGGGAACCUCGGCGCUGA